CUGCCUACGUUACCAGUACAGUUACAGGCAAAACAAAGAGACGAACGGCUAUUGAGCAGAGACUGCUGGAGACAGGCAGAAACCCCACUGAAGAGACAGAGUCUGGAAUAAGAGCAGGCAGCAAACAGGCCAAGAGACAGUCCAACAAGAGACAGCCGAAAGAAGAGAGCGAGAACAAAUCAAAAGUAAAACAGAACAAGAGUCAAAAGGUGACAGCAAGAAACUGUAAAGAGAGCGCAAGAGGAAGAGGAAGAAGAGAGUCUCAAGCAAACACCUUGAGAAGGGCUCUAAGGAACCAAGAAAGAAGAAGAUAUUAUAGAGAUGAGAGCAGAGGGGCCGAGCGAGACCUCACCACCUGCGGACCCCCAGGUGCCUAAGCUCCCCAUGUACACCCAGGAGCCCCGAGCAUCCUUCACCCCCGAGUACAUUGCUCCGGAAACUAAGCAGAAACCCCCUCAUGAGGACUACUUCAUCUUCAGGCCGAGCGUGGUCCAGCAAGCCGUUCAGGAAAUUCAAUCCCGCUUAUCUCCAGAAGAGGACGGGAACAUGAGGAGAACCUGGAUCCUGGCACAGUUGAGUCACUGGGGCACAGAGCGGGAAGUAAUUGUGUUUCUCUGCGACCGAUCACUCCUGAUCUGCUACUAUGACGUGGUGGAGCUUAGUAGAUGUCACAUCUUUCGGAUCCCUCUGAAUUACAUUGACCAGGUGAUCUGGGGACCUCUGUCAUAUCCAAAGUUGGCUCUUAACAAACGUGAGGGAAAUGCCAUCCAGAUAAAGUGGGACAAGUUGAGGGAACCUCCUUCUCUCCUGUCAUGGUGGAAUCCAUGGACACAAGAUCUGUCCUACAUCAAUCUCAUCCAACACCCAGGAAACCCAACAGAAAAAAACCUGCAAGACAUGUGUCAGCUGGAGAACUUCAUGGAGCAACUGGUGGAGAUGGUGAAGCCAGCACUUGAACGCAACCCUCUCCCUGGUCGAGCUAAUGGUCUGCUGGUCCUCCAGAGGCCUGUGGUCAUAGAUACGUCCCUUGGACUUGUCUCCUUAUUCAACCACAAGGUCCAGUUGGGUUAUGCCAAACCUAGAUGGAGAUUUGGAUUCUGAGCAAUGACUUUGAACUUUCUAUAAAGUAGUAAAGGAAACACAAGAGUAGUAACACCGAGGAUAGAGAUAGACACCGGGACCGCCCGAAUAUUCUGUGCUUCCUUCCCACAUAGACCUGAACUCUCCUACAAAAGCUUUUUAUGAUUAUAUUAUAUUAUAUAGAAAACAUGGAGACUGUAA